GUAAUGUGGGUUGUCGAACGUCGAGUAUAGUUUUGGCACAGAAUAUCCGAACUUCUGUGGUUUUGGUUUUAAACUGGAACAAAUUAAAUUGAUUACCAUAUAGAAGUAAAAUUUUGUUCUAAUAAAUAUAGAUAAAUUUAAUAUUGGGUGAAGGAACUCUUCAUUAACGGGCACAAGAUCGAAUAGAACAAAUUAACAGAUUAUGCGUACAUGAGAUUUUGAGUUUAAAGGUCAAAAUAGCUAUUUCUCGAGUCCUGCCCAAUCUAUUUGUGAACGAAUGGUGUCAACUGUGAGGUGAGCUUUUGUAGAUAUCUGAAGUCGGCGCAUUGAAUAAAUCAUAAGAUAAAUGAGUCUUUGAUAAAGAGAACGAUAUUUCUAUAAAGUAUACCAAUAUUAUUCAUAAAAAUGGCUGCACCCACAAGGAUAUUGAGCCGUUUGUUCACUGACGGAUUUAAAGUCAGCCAAUCAAUAAGAUUCAACAGUUAUGAAGCGACAAGAAAAAAUCUAAAACUCACUGCCCAAACGAAAGUUAUUUGCCAAGGCUUCACUGGAAAACAAGGAACAUUUCAUAGCAAACAGGCCAUAGAAUAUGGAACGAAGAUGGUUGGAGGCGUCUCACCUGGAAAAGGGGGUAAAACUCAUCUCGAUUUACCAGUUUUCAACAGUGUCAAAGAG